UGUUCACACCCAUGCAAGAAAUCCGCCAUUGUUAGGGCUAUAAGAGUCAAAUUUCACCAGUUGUUUCUAAUCCCAAAACCAGGUUCUGAUUACCGCCAGUUUAUUCUCAAUCUUAGGGGCGGCCACCCAACCCCUCGAAGCAGAUUUCUCUCUUUCUUCGAUUUUCUCUUUAUUUUAUCCACUUUUUUCUUUCUCCCCCCAGAAUGAAUAGUCAUUCUAUCGAAGCAAUUCCUCCUGUUCCAAAUGGCCCCUGGUUUUCCUUUCUUUCUCCUCUCUUCUUGUUUCUAUAUAAUAAUUUCUUAUUCCACUUCCUUCUUCUGUUCCCACAUCCUCAUCUUCUUCUUCUUUCUGACUUGUUACCUUUUCCUAAGUUAUUGUUACUUGUUUGUCUCUGAUUUCUCUUUUUUCAACGAACCCCAUUUCCAUUUCUCUUCAAUUUUUGAUUCUUCUGCUUUAUAAAGAGCGACCCAGAUCGCUAUUCUGCAUCCUUCGAUGUUUUUCGUAUCUGGGUUUUUGAUUUUGGGUUGAAUCGUUCUGUUUUGAGGUUAAUUUUUUUGAGUUCUGAUGACGAUGGAAAGGAGAGCGGUGAAUCGAGGGAGUAAGAGAAUUGGGCAUGUGAAGAAGGUUCGAUAUGUUAAAAGGGAUAUUAAGAGGAGGAAAUGUAGAAAGAUCAAACGGUCUGUUCCAGUAGUUCCUAUGGCGCUUCAGGAACUGUUUGUUUCUUGCAGGGAAGUCUUUAAAGGCCCUGGAACUGUUCCACUGCCUUGUGAUGUUGAAAAGCUCUGCUGCAUUCUUGAUAAUAUGAAGGCAGAAGAUGUUGGACUUAGUAGUAAUUUGCAGUUUUUCAAGCCCAAUGUUCCAGUCAAAGGAUCCCCUAGAGUAACAUACACAACCAUAUACAAGUGCAACAAUUUCUCGUUGUGCAUCUUCUUCCUCCCAGCAACUGGUGUAAUCCCUCUACACAACCAUCCAGGAAUGACGGUUUUCAGUAAGCUUCUGUUGGGGAAAAUGCACAUAAAAUCUUAUGAUUGGGUUGAUCUAACCAACAGUGAUGAUCCUGCCCAACCUUGUGAAAAGAGAUUGGCAAAGCUGAAAGCCGAUGCUGUCUUCACUUCACCCUGCAGUACCUCUGUUUUGUACCCAACAUCAGGAGGCAACAUCCACUCAUUCACUGCUAUAACACCAUGUGCGGUGCUUGAUGUGAUUGGACCACCUUAUUCCAUGGAGGACGGCCGAGAUUGUUCUUAUUAUAAGGAACAUCCCUAUGCCUCUUUUACAAAUGGUGAAAUGGAACUGGGAGAAGAAGAGGGUGAGGGUUAUGGAUGGUUAGAAGAGAUUGAGGUGCCAGAAAACUCUCAAAUGGAUGGAAUAGAAUACUUAGGCCCUCAGAUUGCUGACAUUUAAGCCUAGUUUUGUUUUGUUUAGUUUGCCUCACAUUCGUUGCCUCCACUUCAUAAUCACCUUCUCCUUCUUUAUUUCUUUCUUCUUUUUCAUUACAUUUUAUUUUUUUGGGUUAAUUUUUUUUUUAAUCUUUUGACUGUAGAGAGUGCCUCCAAAAGCCAACUUCUUUUGGUUGUUGUAUAUAAAAAUGGUACAAAGUUGUAACUUUCAAGUCUUCUCCUUUUCCCCCCUCCCAUGGAUGUUUGUUGAAUUUUUCUUGUUUCAAGAAUGAAAGAGUUUCUUCUUGUUCUAUUUAA